GCAACCAUCUAUCUGAGCCAGCCAGUGGUGUUUAAUAAAUAUGUGCAACCGAUCCGUUUGCCAAGGAUGUCCGAUACGCGCACGUUCGAAACGAUGGAAGCUACGAGCAGCAGCUAUAGCGUCUACACCGGUCAGAGAUACGCGCGCAACCAGGUGUUAUCAAACGAAAAUUGCAACCAAGUGCACUCGUACGUGUAUGCACAGCAGCUUUGCACGGAUCCCUAUAUAGGGGGCAAUUUCUGCCAAGUUAUCCACGGAGGCCCGCUAGCCGUCGUGGAUGAGAAUGGUCCGAUGCUGAUAGGCAUUACCAAUUGGGUUUACGUCUGCUCGAUGAAUAAUCCGCUCGCACAUAUUCGAAUAACUUACUUUAGCGAAUGGAUUCGAAGGAAUUCAGAUUAUAUGUUUGAUUUUUAGGUAAGG